AGCGCUGUUCUUCGAAAGGCGUGCAUGGGUUAUAAUUUUAAAUACGCCCCCCCAGCUCUGGCGCUGCCAGGACAAGAUUUUUAUUAAACAGAACUACGAGGGUUUUGUCUCCUUUGGACUGGGAUCAGCUUCUCAGCUGCCAUGGAUGCUCGUCACUGUCUUUUUGGUUUUAGCUUUCUUGCUCUGUUCUUGGCGAAGUGAGCUCAACGGGACGACUGACAAGCCCGGGCUACUCUUUGUUUAAGGUACACCGUUUACUUGAUACCUUUUCCGAUUUUUUCUUUUUUCAAGUUUAAACUUUACCCAAUUUGAGCAUCCACCGGAUCACUUAGACUGUUUCAUUUCUUGAUCGAGAAUCCUCCGCUGCAUAAUCUGUACCUCUUCCUUCGCGUGUCCUGAGCUGGUGAUUGUUGAUUAGAGGUGUAAAUUUGUUGGAAAGGGCUAAACUUUUUGUCUGACUCGAGUACUAGAGUCAGUCCACGAGCUCAGUCUAUCAUGCAUGUUGUGUUGGCCUGUUGCUGUCUGUGUGAACGCGUUUCAGUGGGAGUAGAUCUGCACUUGAGCUCUCUCUUUUUGUUUGUUUGUGUACUCUGGUGUUGGCCAGAGAGUUUCAGCUUGAACUGAAGCCUUGUAAGCGGUAAAGUUUUGAACUUUUGGGACGUGUCCUGUGCCAUGUAUGGAUUCUAAAGGGGAACCUCUUAAAGGCGGCGAAGUCGCCACGUCGGAGAAAAGGAAUGUCAAUGGAAAUGAAGUAAUUGUGACCAUCUCGACUGAAGGGGAUGCCGAAGCUAUGACUGAGGGCAAGAACCUAAGAGGUUCGUCUCCUAAGGAAUUGGAAACUGCCGCCACGAAACAAACACUGGUGGAUUCGCCCCUCCAGGCAUCGACUGAAUCGAGCACCACCGGAGUCGCAAAAUUAGCGCCGGUGAGCUGCCCCUCUCCCGAAAUCGCGAGCUCCAGGCCUAGCCAGAAUAAGCCACCUAAAGCUCCCAAUACUAGCGGAGCUCUUGCUAGGAAAAGGACUCUCAACAGGUCGGUGUACUCGAAACCGAAGUCGAGGUUUGGGGAGCAACAAUAUCCGAUUGAUCCCAGUAUUUUUGAAGAAGAGCACAAUGCAUCGUUGCAAGAACAGGUCGGUGGGCAUCCUCCUUUCGGAGGCUCAUUUGGUCGGGCAUCACCUAAUAACAGAUCGAUGUGUUCAGCCAGGAAUGUUCCCAUGACUCCGAAGACACCGUUCAUGGCAUCUCCGGGAUUGGCUGGAGGAGGAGGUGGAGAGGAGGAUGACGAAGAGAUCUACAAAAAAGUCACUCUUGAAUUGAGCAAAGCAAGGAAUAAGAGGAUAAAGACCAAGGCUUUGGUUGAAUGGACCUUUUUUUUCCUCAUUCUCGGGUGCUUGGUUGCUAGUUUAACAGUUGAUCAAUUGGAAGCAUCUAAGCUAUGGGGUUUAGAGAUGUGGAAGUGGUGUGUGCUUGUAAUGGUGCUAUUCUCUGGCAUGUUGGUUACCAAUUGGGUGAUGCAUUUCAUUGUUUUCUUGAUAGAGAGGAACUUUUUACUUCGGAAAAAGGUACUCUAUUUUGUUCAUGGUUUGAAGAAGAGCGUGCAAGUUUUCACUUGGUUGGCCUUCGUUCUUCUGACAUGGGUACUGUUAAUCAUUAGAGGUGUUGAGAGGUCGAAGAUUGCCACUAAGGUUUUGGAUUACAUAACCUGGACUCUUGUCUCGAUUCUUAUUGGUUGUUUCCUGUGGUUCUUAAAAACUUUACUGCUGAAGAUGUUGGCAUCGAGUUUCCACGUCGCUGCAUUCUUUGAUCGAAUUCAAGAAUCGAUCUUCCAUCACUACGUUUUGCAAACAUUAUCUGGGCCGCCUCUUAUAGAGGAGGCUGAGAGGGUGGGGAGAGAACCUAGUGCCGGCCAGUUCAGUUUCAGAACUCUGAGGAAAGUUAAAAUGGGAAAGGAGAAGAAGGUAAUUGACAUGGUGAAGAUUCAUAAGAUGAAGCAAGAAAAGGUUUCGGCUUGGACGAUGAAGAUGUUGGUUGACGCAGUGACAAAUUCGGGCCUAUCUACCCUAUCGAAUUCCCUGGAUGAAAGCGCCGAUGAUGGAGGAGUUGAGCAAGUGGAUAAGGAGAUAACGAACGAGAUGGAAGCGAUGGCUGCUGCAUAUCACAUUUUCAGAAACGUCGCUCAGCCGAGUUGCAAGUGCAGGUACUUCGACGAAGACGAUCUUCAAAGAUUCAUGAUCAAGGAAGAGGUGGAUCUUUUCUUCACACUGCUUGAAGGAUCAGAAACUGGACGAAUCGACAUGAAAUCUUUGGCAAACUGGGUGGUGAAGGUUUAUCAAGGCCGUAAAGCACUGAUACAUGCUUUAACCGACACGAAAACAGCAGUAAGGCAAUUGAACAAGCUUGUGACGGGAAUAUUGAUCGUUAUUACCACCAUCAUAUGGCUUCUUUUGGUGGAAAUUGCUACGACCAAAGUACUAGUCCUGCUUUCAUCACAGCUUGUUUUGGCAGCUUUCAUGUUCGGCAACACAUGCAAGGCAAUAUUUGAGGCUAUCAUCUUUGUAUUCGUCAUGCAUCCAUUUGAUGUCGGCGAUCGUUGUGUUAUUGAUGGUGUUCAGUUAAUGGUGGAGGAGAUGAAUAUCUUGAACACUGUAUUCUUGAAGCUCGAUAACGAAAAAAUCUACUAUCCAAAUUCGGUUUUGGCUACGAAACCUAUAAGCAAUUACCACAGAAGCCCUGACAUGGGUGACAAAGUGGAGUUCUCGAUUGAUUAUAUGACUCCAUUGGAAAGAAUUGGAGCAAUGAAAGAGAAAAUAAAGAAGUACUUGGAGAAAAAUCCGCAACAUUGGCAUCCGAACCACAACAUAGUUGUGAGGGAGAUCGAGAACGUGAACAGCAUUAAGAUUGGGCUCUACGUCAAUCACACGAUGAACUUUCAAGAGUACGCAGAGAAGAACAGGCGGAGGACUGAACUGAUCAUCGAGUUAAAAGGAAUUUUUGACGAGUUGAAUAUUAGAUAUAAUCUCCUUCCUCAAGAGGUCCAUCUAUGCCAGAUUGAGGAUAAGAAACAGGCGUGAAGGGCAGGCGAUGAUUGCAUUUGGCUGUUGAAAUCUCGGACUAUCCAGCAAAGGCCUAUGGAAGACGAUCGCAUCGCCUUAGGCAUGUGAGGCAUGUCAAGACAAUUGAAAGACCAACUGAUGCACGAUAACUGGGAAUCGCGAUCAUAUAUAU